AUGGGAACGGUCGAGUUGACAGGGUUGGAGAUAAUAAGGACAAAAGCCUUAGGAGCGUACUUGGCGACACCCUCAAUGAUGUCACGCACAAUGCCAGCGUUAAUUUUGAAAAGGUCAUCUCUGGUCAUACCAGGCUUACGAGGGAUACCGGCAGGAAUGACUACAAUGUCAGCUCCAGUUAAAGCACCCUUGAGACCAUCAUCCUUGGGAAGAAAUCCCUUAACAGGACCAGCAGUAGAGAUGUGA